AUGUUCCACACUGUGAGAUCGCGGGUCAACCUCGUCAAGAAUCUUCCUGCCGUGGAUCAUGUUGUGGCCCUAUCGCGGCAAAAUCGUGGAUUGCAUAGCGUGAGCGAGGUGUCCAAUCGGCAGAAGUAUCAUAAAUUGCAGCUGGGCCGAGAAAAGCGUGGAGAGAAGUUCACAGACCAGCUCCAAGCCGGACAGGACAUAUUGCUCGAAAUUUUGGCCAAUCCCUCUCUUGUAGGCUAUUUACACCAUCUAGCCAUAUACGGAAGUGAUAUGAACACGUAUCCGUGGGCGCGCUUCUCCAAGCCUAUCCCCCAACGCCCAUUCUCUCCAGAAGAUAUCAAGAGACUCAAACAGGCCAUCGAGAAGGCCGGCAUACAAGAAACUCAGGAUCAGGAAUCUAUGUUGUCUAGCAUUCUGCAGGAUCCGACCCACUUCAGUAGUGAGCACACCGCAGAACCAGUCAAGUUCAAAGAUACGCUUAUUACGCUGCUAGUUGCAAAUUCCCCCAAUCUUCAGUCAUUGUCUAUGUUCCCCUCUUACCUACUGCCAAAACUACGAGAAAUCAACUUCCACCCAGAUGAUACUCUAAAUAUGGGCACGGAGUAUGUGGAAGAGCCAUACUACGAUCGCUUGAAUUUAGUUCGAAAACUGCCCGCUAUUGAGUCCGUCACUUUCAAGUUAGCAACAUGGGAUAACGAGGCAGGCUUUCCUCUCCCGCCACGCUGCGCUAACUAUAGCAAAAUCAGCAUUACGCACUCCUUCUUGCUGGAAUCUGACCUUUGUCGAAUUAUUGAGUCGCCUAAAACACUCAAGAGUUUCGCGUUUACUGUGGGCGGACGCAAAAUUCCGGAUGGAGGACCAAUGACCUUAAGUACAACUCCAUUACUUAGAUCUCUCUGGUUCCACCGACGGACUCUGGAAGAGCUAGAUCUUGACAUAGAAAGCCAUGCGAAUCGGCGCGAGUUCUAUGAUCCUACGUUUCGGCCGAGGGAGGACGAGGGUAUCAAGGAGGACCCGAAAUACUAUGAAGAAUUUUACGCCGAUGAGCUCCGCGAACUGGCCACGGAAGAUCUGGAAACUCCGCCAUCUUACAUCUCGUUGAAAGACUUCUCGCAACUCAAACGACUUAGCCUAGGCGUCCACACUCUGUGCUUUUUUGCGCGGGGCGUUGGAUUCGGCGAGAACCGAUUUACUAAUGGCCGGAUUGGCGCUGAGGCCUUCAAUCUCGCCGGAAAUUUGCCGCCUAACCUCGAAUCUCUUCGUGUGAGUGGACGAGGAGAGGGAGCAGAGUACAAUUGCUUUGAUUUUGAAUCUGAUCUGGAUGUCGAUGAUCAACUUGACCGAUUGAUGCACGAGAAGGAAGCAAGAUCCUUGGAGAUUCUCGAGGGCAUUGUUGUUACUAUUCCAAAUGGGAAGACGGUGGAUAACAGCGCAGAUGAGAAUGAUUCGUCGCUUUACUGGAAAGAUCCAGAUGAUGAUAGAUUUUGUGACUGGGAGGGAGAUAAUGAGAUAAUUGCUGCUAUAGAUUGGGGUCCUCCCAAGCGGGGGGAUGAAGGAGGUAAAUAG